GUGCAGUAGUCGGAGUGCCUGGAGCUCUGGGAUCCCGUGUUAAUCCUGUAUGGAAAUGGCAGCCAAUAGAUGCUGCUGUUGAGUUGGGCUGGGAUUAGCAGGAGGCGAAUGAGUUUCAAUUUUACUAGAUUACAGAACAAAGAAAAGGGAAAGGGACACUCAGUCUGUUAUGUAAAAACUCUAAUACACUGAGAUAUUGUAAUUACAGCACAGCGAUACGAGUCCCUUUAGGAGAGUUGUGUCUUUUACACGGCUUGGAUUACACAGGACAUCUUUGUGGGCGAAAAUUGUCCGCGUUUAUCAUGGAUUAAACAGGAAACAGCCCGGGAUUGGCGACAGCAUCAAGGCUACUACUUCACUUCUUUAGGCAUGGCGCAGUUGAGGAAAGUCACAACUGAUGCCUUCAGAAGCAAUUCCCGACUAGACCCUGGGCUCCCACUGGUGUCUCUGCGGCAGGAGAUCCUCACCAGCCUGGUGUCUGCGUUGGACUCGGUGUGCACAGCGAUGUCCAAGCUGAAUGCAGAAGUGGCCUGUGUCACGGUGCACGAGGACAGUGUGAUCGCUGUGGGGACAGAGAGAGGCCGGGUAUUCCUCAAUUCAAGAAGGGAAAUCCAGACUGACUUCUUCAAAUUUUGCCGUUUACCCGGUGCUCAAACUGCAAACACUAACCCCCACACCAAAGACCAGGAGGUGGAUCAGAUCAAACCCACUAAAGGUUCUGAGCAGUGUCAGCCUAGAGCUUCAGAGCAGUCCAACAUCGCUGUGUUGAGGAAGAUGGUGGAAGAGGUCUUCACGGUUCUCUACAGUGAUGCCGCAGGGAAGAGCAGCCUUGUCUCUGUGCCUUAUGAGUGGAUCCAGAAAAACCCUGGCUGUGUGGUGGCUUCGGGAUUACCAGAAGGAGUGACUCUAAAGAGACCGUCUGAGUACGACAGUAAAACCCUCAUGAGGAUUCUGGAGCUCAGCCACUGUCUCCACUUCAGUGUCCUCAAGAGGCCAGCGGAGGAUCUAAGUCGGGAAAUCCGGUGCAACUCUUCCACGUCUGCUGUGAGCAUAAGCAGUCAGAGCCAAGGAAAGAGCUCAGCCCAAUGCUCACUGUCAGCUCUGUCAGCAGACCUGCCCCCCUCAAACAGCAUGGCCUUGUCCAGCUUCCUCUAUGGCAUGCCCAUGUCCUCCAAACCUCACCACGACAGCAAAUCCGACUUCAGCCCUCUGUCUCUGCUGGGGUUGAGCCAAGAUAGUAUGAGCAGAUGCCCCGGAGCCAAGACUAUGGCUGUCAAAGACUGUGCCAACAGCGAUGAAGUGUCGAGAUCUGGAGAGCACUGUCACAGCCCACCCAGCAUCCACAUCUCCAAGAGACUGCUUUUCUCCAUAGUGCAUGAGAAAUCAGAAAAAUGGGACACUUUUAUUAAAGAAACUGAAGACAUCAACACAUUAAGAGAAUGUGUGCAGAUCUUGUUCAACAGCAGAUAUGCUGAAGCACUAGGUCUGGAUCACAUGGUGCCUGUGCCCUACCGUAAAAUUGCCUGUGACCCAGGAGCAGUGGAGAUAGUUGGCAUUCCUGACCAGAUCCCCUUUAAGAGGCCAUGCACCUACGGAGUUCCCAAACUGAAACGUAUCCUGGACGAACGCCACGGAAUACGCUUUAUUGUUAAACGCAUGUUUGAUGACCGGAUUUUUACAGCUGCUGGCAAGAUUGUAAGAGAGGAUGUCAAGCAUGAUUUGGAACCCACAUCUGAUGAGGGCUUCUCUGACCAGCUGAGUGCUCCGACUGUCACUGAACUGCUGAGCAACCCUCAAAGCAGCAGAUCAACAAGUGAAUGUGUGAGUCCUUUGGCAGAGUGUGAUUCUGGUCCUCCAGUAGAGUGCAUUUCUCUGAAGAGGAUUAAGUCAGAGCCUCCAGACAUUUUACAGGUCACACUACCUGAGACCAGCAGCAGUGUGGAGGAGACCCCUGAGUCCGUGGAGACUGCAUUAUGUUUAACAGUUUCCCCCUCCAUUUCCCGUGACCCCCCCUCUGCCCCCUGUCAACCACAGUGCCACACAGCCAAAGCUCCACCUCCAAACACGCCCCUUCCGAAUGUGAGGCCAUCCUCUGAAGUUGGCACUUUGGAAGAAGACAUCGGAGAGAUGAUUCUUCAGCUCAGAAGACAGGUGGACAGUCUUUUUAGCACCAAGUAUGCUGAAGCCCUUGGUCUCAGUCAACCGUGUAAGGUCCCAUACUCCAAGUUCCAGAUGUAUCCAGAAGAGCUCUAUGUCACUGGGCUGCCUCCAGGAAUCUCCCUACGCAGACCCAACUGCUUUGGCGUGGCUAAGCUAAAGAAGAUCCUGGCUGUUAGCUCUGAAAUCCAGUUUGUAAUCAAAAGGUCUGAGCUAUUGACAGAACAAGUGAAAUCGGAGCUUCCGUCUAUUCCAGACUCAGAACAAGAAGUAAAGAAGACUGCUACAAGUGAGGACGCUACAGCUUACUCCAAGAGGCCUGGUUUCUCUGAGUGCCUAGAAUCCAAGCUUUCCCGCAUAGACCUGGCCAACACUCUUCGAGAGCAGGUCCAAGAUCUCUUCAAUCGGAAGUAUGGGGAGGCCUUGGGUAUCAAGUACCCUGUUCAAGUGCCUUACAAGAGGAUCAAGAACAAUCCAGACUCAAUCAUCAUAGAGGGCCUACCCCCUGGAAUCCCCUUCAGAAAACCCUGUACGUUUGGCUCCCAGAACCUGGAGAGGAUUUUGGCUGUGGCGGACAAAAUCAACUUCACCAUCACUAAACCCUUUCAAGGACUCAUUCCAAAACCUGCUCCUCGCCGUGUCACUUUAAUGAAGAAGGCAUAUGCUUCGAUCGCAGGUGAAGAAAAUGUGAGCCGGAUGGGGGAGAAAGGGCUGCUCAGAGAACAAGUCCGAGAGCUCUUCAACACUAAAUAUGGUGAGGCGUUGGGCCAGGGCCCGGUCCUGGUGCCAUACAAACUGAUUAAGGGCAGUCCAGACGCAGUGGAGAUUCAGGGACUUCCAGACAACAUCCCCUUCAGAAACCCAAACUCCUACGAUGUGCCCAGCCUGGAGAGGAUCCUCCAGUCCAGCAAGGACGUCUGCUUCAACAUCAAACCACAUCUCUUGCCAACUGCAGAGAUCAGUGGUCACUCUUAUAACACAGGAGCAGACGUUUAUUCCAACCAACGGAAACGGAAAAGAGUUCAAGAAAGCAGUCAAGUUCCCUCCUUAUCGGAGCGAGGGAAACCAGCCAAUGAGAUUCCUGUCAUGCAGUGGCCUAUGUACACAGUGGACUACAGUGGAGUCAAUGUGUCCGUGUCUGGGAAAGUGAACAACUAAAUAUAUAGAAGUGCACCACUAAUAAUGUGCUCCACUUUAGUGACAAAAGAACUAAAGGAUGCCAGGGCUCAUUGUGCCCUCAAAUGUCUUCACUAAUGUAACGCAGCAUUUGGAUGACUGAAAAUGAUCACAUGCCAAUCUGAUUCAAAAGAGAUAAUUUAAUGUUAUUUAUUCUAUUUAUUAAGCUAUUCAAUUGUGUGCAGGGAGCUAAACUAGUCCGAGUGGAGAAUGAAGUUACUCACCAUUAUAUGAGCCUUUUGUACUAGUAGAAUCAGCUGAAUGUAUCAUUCAUGUAAGAAAAGAACAGUAUGUUAUUCUCUGCACCACCUUUGGACUAACCGUAUUUAUAUGCUGUACCCUAAUGCCAGAUAGGCCUUUCAAUAAAAUCUGUUGCCUUGCACUUUU